UGGCUGAUCUCAGGCGUGCACUGACAGACCCCGCCAGCAGCUCCAGGACCCCGGAUCCCAGCCACCAGAGGGGAGGCCCCGGAGCACCCCGCAGCAGCAGCCAUGUUGGCCCUCAGUUUGGUCAUUCUGGGCCUGCUCGUGACGGUGCCACCCGCCAGCUGUCAACAAGGCCUGGGGAACCUGCAGCCCUGGAUGCAGGGCCUGAUUGCCGUGGCUGUGUUCCUGGUCCUUGUUGCAAUCGCCUUUGCUGUCAACCGCUUCUGGUGCCAGGAGAAGCCGGAGCCUCUGCACAUGGUCAUGACGGUUGGAAACAAGGCAGAUGGGGUGCUGGCAGGAGCAGAGGGAAGGUACUCCUCCAUGGCGGCCAGCUUCAGGUCCACUGAGCACAAGAACGCCUAUGAGAACAGCACAGAGGAGGAGGACAAGGUCCGGAGCACCCCCAUGUGACCUCCAUUUGCCUGAGGCCCCCCAGCCUAGUCAGGGGCACCUGUGUCCAUGGCCAGGUUGUCCUUGGCACAGGCAUCGGUAGUAAGGGGCACUUUGACCCCCGCUGCCCUCCCGUCCCUUGAAUGGCGCCUGGCAAGGUCAGAGCUCAGAUUGUGCAGGACUUGGCUGUGACCCUUGGAUGUCCUGGGGGGGCGGGGCAUCUAAUUCAAUGGAGAGGAGCCUUCCAGGAGGAUGGUCAGCACAGGGCCUCCUAUCCUGCCUCCUG